GCGGGACGGUACCACGGAGUCCCGGCCGGCUGGUAGGAAGAACACACACCGCUUCUAGUAGCUAUAGCUAGGAUCCAACGAUCGAUCGAUCCAUCGACGACAUGGACAGGCCAGAUCACCAGCAGCAGCAGUUCUUCAUGCCGACGACGGUGCAGGUGCCACAGCCACAGCAGCAGCAGCAGCAGCUCUGCGUCCCGAUGCUCGACGAGCCGCCGUCCUCGUUUUUGGCGGGGAGAGGCGGAGGCGGGGCGUCGGGGAGGGGGGAGAGGAAGCGGCGGUUCACGGAGGAGCAGAUACGGUCGCUGGAGUCCAUGUUCCACGCGCACCACGCCAAGCUGGAGCCCCGGGAGAAGGCGGAGCUGGCGCGGGAGCUGGGCCUGCAGCCGCGGCAGGUGGCCAUCUGGUUCCAGAACAAGCGCGCCCGGUGGCGCUCCAAGCAGCUCGAGCACGACUACGCCCUGCUCCGCGCCAAGUUCGACGAUCUCCACGCCCACGUCGAGUCCCUCAAGCAGGACAAGCUCGCACUCACCACUCAGUUGAGCGAGCUAAGCGAGAGGCUGAGGGAGCGGGACGACCGGGCCGCCGCCGCCGGCGGCGGCGGCCGCGAGACGAUGGCUAGCAGCAGCAGCUGCAUCGGCGGUGGUGGUGAGGAGGAGGCGGAGGACGACAAGAGGAACGUCCUGCUGUUCGGAUGCGUCGACAUGGAGCCGCCCGCCGAGAGCUGUGUGCUCGUCGGGUCGACGUGCGCGGCGCUGGCCGACGUCUCGGUGGAGUCCGAGUGCGACGACCAGCACCUUCACUACGACGACGAGUUCCCGGAGUCCUACUGCGCCAUGCCGGAGCUGUGGGAGCCCUGGCCGCUUGUUGAGUGGAAUGCGGUGGCCUGAAAUGGAGAGGCUAGUACAUAGGCUUAAGGCUCGUGUGUGUGUAACGUACGUGCAUGUCGCCGUCGCCGCGCGCCAUGGUGCUCUCGACGCAACUGAUGGAGAGAACUGGCCGCUUUGUGCCAAUGGAGGAUGGGGCCAGGCGGUAGGUCGCGGGAUUCGGAGCGCGACGGAAACAUGGAACUAGUGAUCGAGGCAUGGCGACCUUUGGAGUUUGGAGGCAAAUCACCCAAUGCCAAUACUGCUUUCUUCCACGCUGCAAAAAAUCAACGGUAUUGGUUCAGAGUCGCCCGCGGUGGUAGCGAGUUGCACGGCUUGUUGCAGCCUUUUUGUUGGUGUGGUGGUGUUUCGAGGUUUCAAUAAUCUAAUGGAAGGAUGGUCGCUUCACAAAUAUAUAUUGUAUUGUGCGUGUACAUUUGAAUGUAUAUAUGCUUGCUUGCAAAAA